AUGAACGUUCAAUCCGUCCAUUCAUUCGGCGAGCCCACCUCGUUCUUGUCUCCGACUGGUCCAACACCAGCGCUAGCCGAUUGCGUAUUUGACGAAAGUUCGGCAUGGAUCGUGGAAGUCUGCAAACCUGGUAACUUGCUGAGCUGUUGUGCAAGACCUUCCAUCCCGUCGGAUCUUAAACUCGGUUCCAUCAUUCACCAUGUGGUAGGCUUCAGUGAUUGCGUGACAUCGCCUUGUUGUUCGAAUGCUUAUGAGUUUCCCAAAAUUUCCGCAUUCAUCGUGACUGUAGCUUGCCCCGGUAGUGAAGAGAUCCCUUGCGGCAUUGAAACAGAGCGAGAGAUGUGCACUCCAGGCGUUUUUGACCAAUCUUCUCACCUUCCGCGGAAAUGUACGGAUCUUCUGACUUGGAGAAUUUGGCAUUUCGACCAACCAGAUUAUGAGGAGGCUAGAGUGAUCUCGAAAGAUCAGCAAGUUAAAAGCCGACACCGAAUCGGGCAUCAUUUUUAUAUAAUUACAUGGAGAAGGAAGCCAUUGGCCGUACAGGAAGUGCGAAACAGAGAGAAAACAAAAGAGGAAACAAGAGAUACAAAUACAGAAACGAGUACAAGUACAGAGCAGGUGGAGGACAAGAACUACUGGCGGAAAGUCAAGGAAGGACUUGGUGGUGCAGUCGCGACAGCGGGAAGUAGAGACAAAUGUGCCGAAAGUGAUGAAGGGCUAUCGCCGACGUUGUUGUACAUACGCCCGGCAGUCGUUCAACUCGCCAUUGCAUCGGAGGACACUGUCGAGUUGCUGACAUACACUUCGGAAGACUCGGAUAAAUUACGGAUAGUGUUGGAGAGGCAUUAUCUAGCAGGGAGCAGACGUCCAGCUGACGAUGGUCGAUAUCAAAGUCUGUGGUCGCGUUACGGACACCGGACUAACAAGAAGGCAGACAUAAGAAGCCAGGAGGGCGAGCAGGCCGACUUUGCGGUUCGUUACCGUAAUCGAGGUGUGGAAUGA